UCACCCCCGAGGACCCUGGCCCAUCACCACCAGCAGGAAUAACCUUGAAAUCAUCAUCACCAUGACCCGCCGAACGUUGUGACUAUUCCAGAACCUCCAGAAGAUGUCUUCGCCCCAGAUGGACGCCCAGAGGACGGAUCCCCAGGUGUCAAUCGUUGGAAAGACCCCGCAGCCGGUCACCCUGGAGGACGUGUCUGCCAGCGCAAGGCCCCCGACGCCCCCGGAGGCGCCCCACGUGGACCGCAGGUCCCCAGAGCCCCCUGCGGUCCCCCCGAACCCCCCGCCAAAUCCUCCGAAGCCAGAUCCCCCUCCGAAUCCCCCCACGGCCUCACUGAACCCGAUUAAAACAGCCCCUGCGUCCCCAAUCAUCCCCAGGAGCAAAUCCCCAGGUGGAAAUCCCUGGCUGAACCCUGGGGACCCCAGGCCCCUGGAGCCAAAUCCUCGCCCCAAGACCCCAAUCCCCAGACAAGUGAGCCCUCACCCCCUCUCUGACGACGAGACUUACGACCCUCCGUCACGCUCGAGGACUCCCGUCUACCCCAGGGUCGUCCCCAGCUCCAAACCACCCCCGGAAACUCCGAAGGCCUUCGCCCUCGACCAAACCCCCAUUUCCUUGAUCAACGAUCAGCACGAGGUGGAGCUCAUCCCCAGGAGGCGCUCCGAGGAGAAGAGGAGUCUGAGUCUCGGGGAUGUCGACGACACUGUCACCAUCACCAAGGUCACCAAGCGUUCGAAGGGGGUGGAGAGGCCGAAGACGCCGGUGACGAGGACGGACACUCCGGUGCUGAGGCCCAGGACUCCCGUGGAGAGACCCAAGACCCCGGUGUUGAGGUCCAGGACUCCCGUCGAGCGGCCGAAGACACCCGGGGCCACGGGCGAGAGGACGAGGCGGAGGAGCGCUCUCGGGGAGCGGGAGAUGGGGGGCGACGAGAGGAUCGAGGGGGAGGGGGAGGAACGACGGAGGAGGCGGAGGAACAACCGCGAUGGGUUCUGCUGGAAGUGCCAUAAGGACGAGGUGGAGAUCGCAUGCAGCACUUGUGUCAGGUCCUGGCACCGAAGAUGCAUCGGCGGCACUCCCCCAUCCUCUCCAUCGGACUGGAUCUGCGGGGAGUGUGCCAGCAUCCUAAACGCCGAAAACGCGUCGACGCGCUCCCCCCUGAUGUCCACCCUGACGAUGGACCAGCUCUGCAUGGUCCUGAAGCACAUAAUCCUCAAGAUGAAGCGAGUGACGGGCUCCGAGGAGUUCGCGAAGCCCGUGGACCUGGCCGACGUCGCCAACUACCUCGACUACAUCGUGCGACCGAUGGACCUGACCCUCCUCGAGGCCAACGUCAGGUCGAAGGAGUACGGCAGCCCGGACGCCUUCAUGGCCGACGCCAAGUGGAUCCUCCACAACUGCCUGGUCUACAACACAGAAGGUGGAAAGUACACAGACACUUCGAGGCUGACGACAGUAGCGAAGCAGCUGAUCAAAGUAACCCGGGAGGAGCUCUCGGAGCUCGAGUCCUGCCCCACCUGCUACAUCCGCGGAAGGCACCUGGGGCGACCCCACUACACCUGGUUCAACGACGCCUGCAAGCCCCCGCACCUCCUCGUCUGGGCGAAGCUCAAGGGCUUCCCUUACUGGCCAGCCAAGAUCAUGCCCAGAUGGAACCAGCAGGGCUACGUGGACGUGCGCUUCUUCGGCGAGCACAACCGCGCCUGGGUGUCCCCCAAGGACAUCUACCUCUACUCCAAAGACCCUCCGACAGCGACGCCAAAGUCCAAGAAGGAGGACAUCGCCGAGUGCCUCAGGGAAAUAUCAAUCCACAUCAAACGACUUGGAGAGACCUUCGGAAGGUUCGAGCACGCGCCCCCGAAGACGCCGUUCAAUCCGUUUGACCCUCGUCAGAUCACCAUUCUACUUCCCGAUUACGAGCCCCCAGGUGGUGACUACUACCGACUGCCUAGGAGGGGGCCCCUCAGCAAGGGGAAGAAGAGGAAGUGGGACUCGAUGUCCGACACCUACAGCGAAGCUUACUUCUACUCUGAUGCGGAGACGCUAGCUGAUUUUAACGAGGGGGAUGACGAUGAGGAUGUCGAGGUUGCUGUCAGGGGGAGGGAGACCCCCAAGAUGAGGGGCUCCAGGAGGCCGGAGACCCCUGGCCUUCCGGAGGCCUCCAUCCCUGGGAAGCGAGCUAUGACGAAAGUUAUGAAGGCUGUCCCUCUGAAGAGGAGGUCGCUGACCAGAAGUCUCGCUGGGGGCAGGAGGGGUGCUCGACGGAGGACAGCUGCUGAUGGGGAUAAGGAGGAGGAGGUGAGGGUCAGGGCGACGAGGCAGCUCCCGGAGAGGGUCAACAGCCAGGGGAAGUCCAUUAACAAGAGGACGAGGGCCUCCGUCGGCGAUCCUGGACGGUCGAAGGACGCUGAGGAUCCUAAGGAGGAGGUCGAGGAGAAGCCGAAGGCCGAGGGGAGGAGGCAGAGCAAGGCUAAGAAGACUUUCCCCAAUAGACCCCCCGGGAUGGGGGUGCCGGGCUCGCCCGGGAAGGAGGGCGAGGGGGGGCUGUCCCCCGUGAAGACGGAGGGCAGCUGGUGGAGGGUCCCUUCUGAGGCUGGACCCCUGAGCUCGCUGCUGAGUAAGGGGGCUGAUACCCUCGCUAAGCAGAUGGCGUUGGUCAUUGAGGAGGGGGUCAAAAUGGCGGCACAGGGGAAGGGGGCGCUGGCUGGAAGUGUGACGGUGGAUCAGGCCCUGGUUUUUGAUAUGAAGAUGAGGAUGGAGAGGAUGAAGUGGGAACAUGAGCAGGAAAUUGUUGAGAUGAAACGGAAUUCAGAAAAAGAAUGGAAGGAGAUAAAAACAGCAAUGGAAGCCGAGCAGCUGCGUGCCAUCGAGGAAAUCCAGCAUUCAGCGGAAAUAGAAAAAGCUCGAUCCAUCCACGAAACCAAACAAAAGCAGUGGUGCACCAGUUGUGCGAAGGAGUCGUGCAUGUACUGCUGCUGGAACACCUCCUACUGCAGUGAAAAAUGCCAGAUGAAGGACUGGGGACAGCAUCAGAAUAAAUGUAAACGAAAAAACAGAUCGCCCUCUAAAGCCUCGGUAACAGGUGGCGGCAGAGUGAAUGGGCAGAAGGACCAGCAAGAGGGAAUGACCAAGGGAAUCGGUGGUCAGAGCAACUUCUCCUACAGUCGUGGUGCUUGAUUUGCAAUUUAGUUAAAUGUUUUUUUAGUUUCUCCAUGUGCUCUUUAAGUUGUAAUUGACUAAUUGUGUGCAUAAACAAAUUUUGUUUAUUCAAUCAAUGUGAAGAAAUUAUCUGAAUCAAACACUUAGAUUCUUUUUCUCUGUAAAGAUUGCCAGUAUUUUUUAGGUAUACAGUGUCAUAUUCGUGUGAAAUUGAGGGAGAUUCGAGUGAAAUAAAGAAUCGUUGACUUUUUUUUUACA